AAAUGGCAAGUUUUGUUUACGUUUCUGAGUUUCAACUACAAACGUUUAAUGCUUUGGCAAAAUUAAAUUAAUUAAAAAAUACGGACGGCGAUAAAAACUUUAUAUUGAUAAAAAAAAAUCAAAAUGGAGAACUUGAAAAAUAUUUGGAAACCAGAGUUGUAUCGUAUUCAAAUUGAAGCUCCUGUGCCGAAGCGGGUUCCUUGUGACCAUUGUCCGGAUAGACCUAAGUUUUACGGGAAAGAAUUUCAUGGCAUUCUAGGACAUAAGGAAGCUACACUGUUGUUAGAAAAUGAACCGAACGGUGCCUUCUUGAUUAGAAAAGGGAAUCCCUACAACGACUUUUACACACUGACUUGGAGAUUCAAUGACAAAGUUCAUCAUUAUAAACUUUACUAUGACGGGACACAUUACAUAAAAGAUAAACGUUAUGACACUAUAUAUGACCUUGUUGCGGAUGGACUCAUUACCUGCCACAUGGAGAUAAAAGCUCAUCAUAUACUGGAGAUGAUCAACUCAAGGGCCAAUUACACGGACAGCCCGUAUGUGACGUUAAAUAGAAGAAAAUUAAAUACAUUAUCUAAAAUACAGCAAGCUUCGAACAAGUUAAGUCCAAUAUUAAACAGAAUUGAAUCGAAAAUCACUGAAAUUGAUUCAUCUAUAAAGCCAAUCUGCGAACUCACUCCCACUAUAGAAAAUAAUUCAUUAGUCAUUAAAUACUCAAAAUCACACAAUUUUCGUGUGCAUACGUUCAAAGGACUAAAUUGGUGUGAAUUCUGUGCCAAUUUUCUAUGGGGUUUCACUGCACAGGGAGUAAAAUGUGAAGAUUGCGGCUUCAUAGCUCAUUCGAAAUGUUCGGAACGCGCUCCUAAUCACUGCGUCCCCGAUCUAAAGAAGCUACGUGGUGUCUUCGGCAUAGAUCUGACGACGCUCCUGAAUGCGCAUUCCAGUACGAUGCCGUUCGUUGUGACGAAGUGUGUUAACGAAAUAGAAUCUAGGGGAAUGGACUCUGAAGGCAUAUACAGGGUGUCCGGUUUCGCUGACGAAAUUGAGGCAUUGAAAUUGGCCUUUGAUCGAGACGGCGAAGCAACGGAUCUCAGCGUGUACAGCAACAUAAACGUAAUAGCGGGAACUCUGAAACUUUAUUUACGGUUAUUGCCCGUGCCGUUGAUCACAUACGAAGUCCACCCCAAGCUCGUAAUGGCGAUACAACCGAAGACUAUCCCGCAGCAGAUAAUGAUGCUGAGGCAGUGUCUGGAGCCGCUGCCGCCUGCCCACUUCAACUGUCUUCAAUAUAUGAUGCAGCAUUUACACAGGGUGUCCCAACAGGCGGAGGUUAAUAAGAUGAGCGCUCACAAUUUGAGUACCGUUUUCGCGCCAACACUAGUAGCUACUCCGCCCACCAUCACCGACCUAGCCUUCGAGAUUCGAGCUCUUCAGAUAUUGAUUGAGCACUGUCCACAAAUAUACGAAGCCUCAAAGUGAUAAACGUCAAUAAUUGUCUAUGGUGCGUCAAUAGGGUCCCUGCACGAUCAAAUUGUUGCCAGAUACGUAAAUUUUUAAAUAUCGAUUUUUUUAUCGUCUCGGAUCUAUCUAAAAAGUUGAGAACGAUACAUUACAAUAACAUAGUUUAAAACGAAAUUCAAACGUAAAUGUAAUUGAAAAAGUUUUGGACCAAAUAAUGCUGUGAUUUUUCUUCAUAUAAUAAACAUCACUUAUUUCAGAAAUACAGUAGAUUAUUUUGUUUGUAUCUACCAAAUAUUAUUCGUAUCGAGCACAAAUGACUUUCACAAUGUAUUAUUAUAUUUAAGUAUAUUGAAAUGAAAUGUAAAAGCAUUUAUAGAUUUAAAAUAAUGUAACAUAAUCUCACAAAUUAUUUCUAAGUACAUAUAUUAUAACGUGCAAUAUAAUUUUAUAUUUAAUGAUUUCGACAAGACACUCAACGAAAAACUAAGCAAGGAUAGUACCAAAUGUUUUAAUACAAGAUGCUCUUCCAGUCGGUGUUAUGUUAACCUGGGUUUUCUUGCCGGAUCGUCUCAGUGGGUCGCGAUUCGAUCCGGCGGUAGAUUCGUUACCGGGGUCCCUAAGCCCGCUCCUAGU